UCAACAGAACCUGGACGGAUCAGAACCUUGUGUCUGACACACAGAUUAUUUUCUGUAAUAAUCCAGAAUAGUUGAAUAAUCUGAGAGGAACCAGAGAGAUGCUAACUGCAGUUAGCUCCAGACAGACAUCAUCUGGCCUGGUGGUACUUUGUUCUGUCCUUUAGUGUCUCUGUAAUUACAAAAAAGUCAUUUCAGUCAAAAAUAAGUGAUUGAAAUAUGUUCAAACUCUUCAGAAGAUUAAACUGUUCAGCAACGACAAAACUGGAGACUGACCUGAGAUCAGCUGGUACGCAGAUAUUUGUUCAGGAGGACAGAAGAUGGACGGAGGUUCAUCAGCUGACACAAAGUGUUGGUGUGUCAUGAAGCUGUAAUGACAUCAGGCAGCAGCUGCUGUUGACACAAGUGUAACGAGCGUGUCUGUCCUCAGGUGACGUACCAGCUGAAGAUCCUCACACGGCUCUGUUCAGCGUGUUGAUGCUGAGGAAGUCUCUGUCCAGAGUUCAGUGGGUGUCUCUGCUGCUGCUGUUCGCCGGAGUCGCCAUCGUUCAGGUGCAGCAGGAGGGGAAGAAGGAGGCGUCGGUGUCAGACAGCUCCAAUCAGAACUACACGGAGGGUUUGGUUGCCGUGGUGAUCAGCUGUCUGUCAUCGGGAUUCGCCGGCGUUUACUUUGAGAAGAUCCUGAAAGGGAGCUCAGCAUCCGUCUGGGUGAGGAACGUGCAGUUGGGGAUCUUCGGCACGGCGCUCGGCAUGCUGGGACUGUGGUGGAACGACGGCGCCGCCAUCGCCGAGCGCGGCUUCCUGUUCGGAUACACGGACAUGGUGUGGUGCGUCAUAUUCAACCAGGCGUUCGGCGGGCUGCUGGUGGCCGUGGUGGUGAAGUACGCCGACAACAUCCUGAAGGGCUUCGCCACUUCCUUCUCCAUCAUCGUCUCCACGGUGAUGUCCAUCUACCUGUUUGGCUUCCACGUGGACCUGCUCUUCACAGCGGGGGCGGGGCUUGUCAUCGGGGCCGUCUACAUGUACAGCCUCCCUAAAGCGGCCGGCGGCUCUUCGUCCUCAAGCUCCUCCUCGUCUUCCUCGUCGUCUUCAGCGUUGCCGAGGACGGACGCAGGCGCCGAGAUGGAGGCGUUUCUGCCAAAGUCAGUGCUGAUGUGCAGCCAAAGAAAAAGGAUCCUGAGCGACAGACUGACGGACGUCUGGACCGACUGCUGCCUCCGUCCUGCCUGAGGUCACACACACAAACACUCCCUUACUGCUGUUACUGAACCUGAUCUGCUGCUGCACUCAGAAUCACAGCACUCCUCCGGUCCGUCUCAGUCCUGCACUGUACUGCUCGUCUUCUCUUCAUGACUUCCUCUUGAUUUAUGGAAAUAUCUGAAUUCCUUCCUAAUGUAAAGUUUGUGUUUUAAACUCCACCGUUCAUCACAUUUACUGAUCAUUUAUCUGACAGAGAGACUGAAUAUAAAAAAUAAAUCAGUGUUCAGUUCACUGUAAAUGUUUUGAUUUAGCUUUCAGCUUUUUUAACCAUGUAUUUAUUUAUGUUUUUGUUUUUUUAUUUUACAUGUUUUACAUUUCAAAAUAAAAAGCCAAAUUUAUCAUUUCAUAAUACGUCUAUAAACAUUUAGAGAGGAAACAAGUCUGUGACACUAAAGUUCCUCAGAGCAAGGCAGUGACAUCAUCAACCUGCAGUGACAUCAUCAACCUGCAGUGACAUCAUCAACCUGCAGUGACGUCAUCAGACUGCAGUGACGUCAUCAGCCUGCAGUGAGCGUCCUCUUACUGUGACAGUUUACAUCAGUAAUCUGAAGUUUUUCAUAUUAAAAUGUAUUUUAUAUUCUGAACUUUGUUUAAAUGUCUCCUUGUCUUCACCUCGGUGCCUUCAAGCCUCCAGCAGUUUGUACGUGAAGCUUUAAUUUGAAUGUUUUAUUUGAAACUGUACAUGAGACACUAAAGAGAGUCAGAAACACUUUCUAAUGAACUCAUCAAACUGUUAGAAUAAACUGACUUUGGUGAUAAAA